UCUCCGGCCCCGUAGCGUCCUUGCAGAGCAGCCGCCGCGCAGGCCGCCGAGCGGUGCCGGUUCGGUCUCUCUAUGGAGCGGGGCGCGGCGGUGGCCGUGCGGCGGCUCCGCGCUGCUGGCGGAGAGCGGGAGUCCCGGGCUCCGCAGCCCCUGCCGUUGCCGGGGCGCAGGGAGGCGGACCCAGGUGGGAAGAAGCGGGACUGCCCCGCCGGCGGCUCCCGGUGGCGGCUGCUGCCUGAGGCCCGGGGGGCGCUGCUGGUGCUGCUCUACCUGCUGGCGCUGCGGGCCCUGGUGCAGCUCUCCCUGCGGCAGCUGCUGCGCCGGCCGGGGCCGCGGGACUUCAGCGCCCCCCGGGCCAGGCAAUAUCUUGAAAAUAUAACGGCAGUUGGUCCCAGGACAGUUGGAAGUCCAGAAAAUGAAAUUCUCACAGUUAACUACCUCUUAGAACAAAUUAAGGCAAUUGAAAGCGAAAGCAGUGAUGCACACAAGAUUUCUGUAGAUAUACAGAGGCCAACAGGCUCCUUCAGCAUUGACUUCUUAGGUGGCUUUACCAGUUACUAUGCAAACAUAACUAACGUUGUGGUUAAGUUGGAGCCCAGAAGUGGAGCUAAGCAUGCCGUGCUAUCCAAUUGUCACUUUGACUCUGUACCAAAUACCCCAGGUGCCAGUGAUGAUGCUGUUAGUUGCUCAGUGAUGCUUGAAAUACUGAACAGUCUCUCAAAGUCAUCUGAUCCCUUGCAACAUGCUGUCAUAUUCCUUUUCAAUGGCGCAGAAGAAAAUAUCUUGCAGGCUAGUCAUGGCUUCAUUACACAACACCGCUGGGCCAAGUCGAUUAGAGCAUUUAUUAACCUGGAAGCAGCAGGUGUAGGAGGGAAAGAGCUUGUGUUUCAAACAGGGCCUGAAAAUCCUUGGUUGGUACAAGCAUAUGUCUUUGCAGCCAAGCAUCCCUUUGCCUCUGUAGUGGCACAGGAAGUGUUUCAGAGUGGAAUUAUCCCUGCAGAUACAGACUUCCGUAUCUACAGGGACUUCGGGAAUAUUCCAGGAAUAGACUUGGCUUUCAUUGAAAAUGGCUACAUUUACCAUACAAAAUAUGACACACCAGACAGAAUUCUAACGGAUUCAAUUCAGAGAGCAGGUGACAAUAUUUUAGGAAUGCUAAAAUACUUAGCAACAUCAGAUAAAUUGGCCAAAUCUUUUGACUAUCGGCAUGGAAAUGUGGUCUUCUUUGAUGUGUUUGGUCUGUUUGUCCUGGCCUACCCUGCUCGUGUUGGCACCAUCAUGAACUAUAUAAUAACUGCAGUCACUGUCCUUUAUCUAGGAAAAAAAAUAUUACAGCCCAGAAACAGGGCUAUUAACUCCAUGAAGGAGCUCUCCGUUGCAUUUAGCUUCACACUGUUGAGUUGGUUCUCCACAUUAGUGACUGUCCUUAUUGUGGCAGUGUUCAUCUCUCUCAUCGGACGAUCUCUUUCUUGGUAUAACCACUUCUAUGUCUCCAUCUUCUUGUAUGGAACUGCAGCUGCGGCUAAACUAAUCCUCGUGCACACGUUAGCCAAAAAGUUCUAUUAUAAGAAUAGAAAUGAGCAGUUCCUGGGGGAGAUGUUCUUUGAUGUCUCACUUCUUGUUUGGUCUAUUGCAUUGGUUCUAAUCACUCAGCUAGGCCUUUGCUCAGCAUUCAUCUGUGCAAUGUGGGUAGCGUUUCCUUUACUCACAAAGCUUUUGACCUAUAGAGAAUUCAAACAAAAAGGUGCCACAAUAAGAUUUGUCAUAAUUUACAUGCUGGGAAUGUUUAUUCCAUACCUCUAUAUAAUGUACCUCACCUGGACAAUAUUUGAACUGUUCAUUCCCAUCAUGGGUCGAAGUGGUACAGAAAUUCCACCUGAUGUAGUGCUGGCAGCCUUUAUCCUUAGCAGCACCGUAAUUCUAUCUUCCUAUUUUCUUAACUUCAUCUAUCUUGCCAAAAGUACAAAGAAGACACUGAUAACUUUAACUACAGUGUUUGGAGUUACACUAAUUCUUGUUUGCAGUGGAGUAUUCUUCCCAUACAGUUCUGAUUCUGCUAAUCCAAAGCCUAAGCGAGUCUUUCUCCAGCACGUGAGCAGAAGAUUUUAUGGCCUACAUGGAAACUUGGUAAAAAGUGACUCUGGAAUAUGGAUUAAUGGGUUGGACUAUGCUGGAAUAUCUCACAUCACUCCUCAUAUACCUGAACUCAAUGACACUAUCAAAACUAAUUGUGAGGACAAGGCCCCUCUCUGUGGCUUUCCUUGGAUUCUUCCUGUGCACUUUCUUCUCAGAAAGAACUGGUAUCUUCCUGCUGCAGAAAUUUCUCCCACAAACCCUGUUCACUUUAAACUUCUGGCCAAAGAGCAAAUGCCCUGGGAUUCUACAAAGUUAACCUUUGAAGUAUCAGGUCCCAGUCACAUGUCGCUGUACAUUCGACCUCAUGAAGGGUCAACACUGUCCAGCUGGUCUCUUGGAGAUGGAACUCCUGUUGCUAAUAUAGGAGGGGAUUAUUUUGUGUUUUACGCUCAUGGACUGCAGGCUGUGGCAUGGCGCUUCUGGAUUGAGUUGAAGGCUGCAGAAAAGCACUCUGAUGGAAUGGUUUCCCUCGCCAUAGCAGCACAUUAUUUCUUUGGGGAAGAUCAAAAGUCACCUCAGCUGUAUGCCUUAAUGGAGAGAUUUCCAAACUGGACAUUUCCUUCUGGUUGGGUCUGCACCUAUGACCUCUUUGUCUUUUAGUCUCACUGUGUCAGAAGAUUCAACUCUCAUUAUGAAUGAGUUCAUUCUGGCAAGGUGUGCAAGAUGGUUUUUACAAAUCUGUGAAAAACAUUUUGGGCACAAGAUUGUUUCUGUGGUAGCUUGACUGCUUAAAGGAUAAGCAGGGUUCCUGUCCUCUUUCUCUGGGAGUGGGUGGUCUUGCCCUGCUGGGCUGGGGGAGAAGUGCCUCCAUAUUUAUGCAACUAUAAUUCAGCUGUUUCUCGCACUGACAUGGCAGUUUGACUAGUGUAGAUCUAACAUGAAGACUGCAUUUGAGGAGGUAACGUUAUAGAAUAGCCCUCUGUGCCCUGUAAAUUAGGGUCUCUGUGAGGGAAUUGCCACAGUGUUGUAAAAUAUGCCCUAGGUUUUAAAUACAUGUGAAUGCUAUCAUCUACAAACCCUUAUUCCUAUCUGUCCUAUUAAAAUAAAAUAAGGUUUUGGCUAAAAGAUUUUUGAUCGUGUAUGUGAUGGAGCAGAAGCCUUUUUCUGAGUAAGUAUUACUGUGACAUCUGGAUGAAACCAGUUUUGUAGUAGUCACUUAGGCUAUGCUGUGUCCUUGGAAAAUUUCAGACUGGAAAUUUCAUGCAUGGAAUUUGGUGAUCAGUCUGUUACUUCGAUCAUUAACAACUUUUUUUCCUCUGUCCUCCACUGUUCUGUUUUAAAGUUUUUUUUUUUUUUAUUGGUCAUGUCCUUUCUCUGUCCUUGUGUUAAAAGUCAUUGUGGUAAAGAGUUGAGUGGAGGAGGUCUGACCAAAUCCUACAGUCUUCUACUUAUUUCCCUGUUGGGAUCUUGCAGCCUGUUUCAAGUAUCAACAUGAAGACUAGACUCGUGCAUGAGAUGCAAGCAUGUGGCAUUGUUGUGUACAUCAGAGCACUGAGUCACACUCUCUGGCCUUUUUUUUUUUCGUUUGAAUGGACAUCUUGUAACUGCUUGAUUACUAGUUUCUAAAUUGAUGUUGGUUAUAAAUCUCUAUUUAGCAUACUGGAUUAUUUGUAUAUGUAUAUUUUUGAUAAGUACUUUUGUGUAGGCUUUCUUAGUUUAAGAGUAAUUCAUUUCACUUCACUUCAUUACUACUUUGGUUCAGUGUUUAGUUUAGUUUAGUUUAAAAAAAAAAGUGCUUUCCAUAAGGAUUUGUGUAACUGUUGUGAAGAGAGACUUUUAAAGCACAUGAAGCAUCUGACAUUUAUGGAGAACUGUUCUUAAUCUUUCUUACAGCGUGGGAUUUUCAAAAGCACAUAAGUGAUUUAGGAACACAGCUCCCAUUUAAAGUCAACAGGACUUGUGCUCCUAAGUUAGCUGUGUGUUUUGGAAAACCCCCCCCCAGAAAAAUGUAGCCACCAAAAAAAAAAAUAUUGAAUCUUUGAUUUUGUUUUCCUAAACUGUGUGUAAGGUGGGGAAACUUCUCCAAAUUAAUUCCAGCGGUUUGUGCUGCCCAUUCUCUAGCAUAAUGGCGUAAACUUAGUGCUUUGUUCACCUGAAUAAAAAUUGCCGAAUUAUAUGCACUGGAGUUAAAGCAAACAAGCUGUAGUGUUGUGGAUAUCUACACAGUAUGUGAGAAAUUAAUGCUUAAGAUGACAUUCCUCAUGACUUUGUUGGCCCUGAGGGUUCUCAUGAUCAGGUUUAUUGACUUAACUUUUUUAAUUGUUCAGUUAGAGUGUACUUAACCAGCAUGGAACAAUUCAGAAUAUUAUGUACAUUUGUAGGGUGUUGCAUGACUGAGAUUCUCAGACCAAUUAAAGUAUCUAAUUAUUUUGGUUUGUGUAUUGCAUAAAGGAAACAAAACCACCAGACUAACACUGUUGGCUCAAUAGCACCUGGUCUUUCAUGUACAGUGCUUAUCUCUAUUCAUUUAGAGUAUUUAGCUAUAAAUAGGGGUGUACUAUUAGCAAUCCUAAUAGUUUUGCAGAAAUCUGAGUCUUAAUAGCUUUCUUAAAUGUAUGGUAAGUCUCAUUAAAUGCACUAUUUUGUACUGCACUUACACUAGAGUUGGCACAGUUAAGCCUGAUGAAGGAUUAAGGCUGUACCAGAAUCAUUCACUGUGUCUUCCCCAAAAUUGGUAUUUUUAUUGUGCCUCUAACUUGUAAACUUAAAAAAACAAGUGCAAGAAGAGUCCAUGGAGUGGGAAAAAUAUCAAUGUGCAGCAUGUAGAUAACUUCUGGAACUUCACUGAAGCAAUAACUGUAUUGUUACUGUAAGAAAAAGUAAAAUGAUGUUGCUAACUCAGGAUCACCCUUUAUUAAAUAGCAGAAUUAAAUUGUC